AUGGCAGAGAUGGAGAGAUUCCUUAAAUCACUCUCUUCUGUACAGAUCCAGAGUUCAUACACUCCUUUCCCAGCAAAACAGUCAAUUCGUAGGGAGUUGCACACAUUUUCUGAUGCAUCUGACAAAGCAAUAGGUGCAGUUACAUACCUUAGAACAACUGACGGUAGUUGUCAGAUACACAUAAGCUUUGUGAUGGGAAAAGCUAAACUAGCUCCAAAAGCAGCUACAACCAUACCAUGGCUCGAGCUUUGCAGAGCUGUCCUUGCAGCGGAAGUGGAAGAAGUGAGCAGGAUCCACAGAACCACCAGCCAAGAGCAAUGGCGGUAUGUCCGAACCGAGUUAAACCCCGCAGAUAAAGCUACACGCUCUGUUAAAGUUAAAGAAUUGCAGGAAUCACCAUGGAUAACAGGCCCUGAAUUCUUGCGAAAACCAAAACCAUCGUUGCCAUAUGCUCCAUGUGAACUCACAAAUCACGAAAUAAAAGAUGAUCCAGAAGUACGGCCAACAGUGACGUGUCGCAAACCAGUAGUGUACGGUGCCUGUCUUGGAAGCGAAAGAUUCUCUAAAUUCUCAAGUUGGAAUAGACUAAUGAGAGCCUUUGCCAAUCUCAUUCACAUCAUACAUUCCAGAAGUAAAAUAACGGAAAGAAAUGCAGCGAACUGCAAUGGUUGGCAUAUUUGCCAGCAGCCCAGGUCUCUGGAAGAAUUUCAGAAGGCCAAGAAUGUGAUCCUAACGUCUACACAGAAUGAAGCAUUCAGAGAAGAGAUUGUGAGUUUGGUGAAUGGAGAUGUACUUAAAGGCUGCACAUUUGGGAAACUAAACCCAAAUCUAGACAAAGAUGGAAUCCUAAGAGUUGGCGGCAGAGUUUGCAAUGCUCAUGUGUCCGAAAAGGAAAUGCACCCGGUGCUGUUGCGCAAAAAUCAUCAUGUGACGGAGUUAAUAAUUCAACACUGCCAUCAACUAUGUAAGCAUCAAGGACGGCUCUUUACACUUAGAACCUUGCAGAACGAAGGGUAUUGGGUAAUAGGAGGAAAACGUUACAUAUUAUCAAAGAUCAUACAUUGCUGUGUAAUCUGUAAACGACUGAGAGGAAAGUUGGAAACUCAACUAAUGGGAGAUCUCCCAAAGGAGAGACUUACAUCUGCACCUCCAUUCACCUUCGUAGGUGUUGAUGUAUUAGGACCGUGGUUAGUGUCGGCUCGUCGCACUAGAGGCGGACAGGCACAUAGCAAGAGGUGGGCUGUAAUGUUCACUUGUUUAGUGUCCAGAGGGGUGCAUAUAGAGGUUAUAGAAGCCAUGGAUAGUUCAUGCUUACGGAGAUUUUUUGCAAUGAGAGGGCCGGCGAAACAGAUCGGAGAUCGGACUGCGGUACCAACUUUGUGGGAGCCUGCAAUGAAAUUGGAAGAUGCCUCACUGAGAAGGACGUAA